GUGAAAAUAAAUUUCUGCACCUGGAGGAAAAGACAAAGCGAGAGGAGGAUCGGGUUCCCAGGGGUGUGACGAGGAGACCUGCCCCUAGAGUGCCCCCUCAGCUCACCGCAGAAGAUAAAGGGAUUUCUGCUGGCCGGAGCGAUGGACCAAAGGGACAGAAGACCAGCCUCAGAAGAAGAAGACGAGAGCACCCAAGAGACGAGGGAGUCCUGCAGCAGCCAACCGUCCAGUCUAGAGAUGGACUGCUCGGAGCCAUACGGCGAUCACAUAGAAGCUGCAGGAUCCAACAGCCAGGAGAUGAAGAGUGUCUCCAGCAGCCUGGAGUCCUACAUGGACUGUUCGGAGGAGAAAGAAGAAGAGGAGAACGAGGAGGAGGAGGAGCGCCGGAAGGAAAACGAGGAUAACGGUAAAUGCUCGGUGAACCAGGAAAUCGCCCAUUGUCGUUACUGACUGCCGCUUUCUUCUCGGUAAAGUCUUAUCAAAAAUAUGAUAAAUUUUUUUCCAACAUAGCGGAAUGAGACGGGGGCGCGGUGAGAGUCCCUCGCCUGGACUCGGCCCCUCUCAGAAUGAGCAGCACCUUCUGCUGAACGCUCUGCAUUUGACCGGCCAUCAGUGGAGCGCCAGGAGGGAUCUGGGAUCUACCUGUCCUUCCAUCUCUCAGGGAUGAUCAUGUAGAAAAUCUAUAAGUAAUGAUCAGGAGAAACCUCACAGCAGCCUACAGAUUGUCCUCUCCUGCUGCAGCCUACAUUGGUUAGAUGGAUAGAAGGACACGCUCCCUCCAGAGCAGGAUUAUACCAGAAGACGAUGGCCGCCUGUAAACAACAUUAUAUGAUCUAUGAAGAGGUCCACAGGAUAGGUCAUCAAUAUCAAA